AUGAAGAACGAAACGGUCCAGUUCAUCAACAACCUCUCGGCCUCUGUUGCGAGCCAGCCCUCGCUCGCACACACGCACGACGCAGGAGGCGCUUCGCAUUCUCAUGCUCCUGGCGAACAUGGGCACACACACGAGCACAUGGACCAUCCAGGAAAGUACGCAGAAAGGGAUCUGCCAGACUACGUUGCCCGGAACUUUCACGAGCGCGGGUUCACGGUCGGGAUUGGGGGCCCUGUCGGAUCCGGCAAGACCGCGCUCACACUGGCGCUGUGCACGCGUCUGCGGACGGAGUACAACAUCGCGACGGUCACGAACGACAUCUUCACGCGCGAGGACCAGGAGUUCCUGAUCAAGCACAAGGCGCUGCCCCCCGCCCGCAUCCUCGCGAUCGAGACAGGCGGGUGCCCGCACGCGGCGAUCCGCGAGGAUAUCAGCGCAAACAUGGGCGCGCUGGAGACGCUCCAGGCAAAGUUCGGCUGCCAGCUCCUCUUCGUCGAGAGCGGCGGCGACAACCUCGCGGCCAAUUACUCGCGCGAGCUUGCCGACUACAUCAUCUACGUCAUCGACGUCUCCGGCGGCGACAAGAUCCCGCGCAAGGGCGGGCCGGGCAUCUCCCAGUCUGAUCUCCUCGUCGUUAACAAGAUCGACCUCGCGCCGUUCGUCAACGCGUCCCUCGAGGUGAUGGACCGCGACGCGAAGCUGAUGCGCGGCGACGGGCCCACGCUCUUCACCAGCAUCAAGGAGGGCACCGGCGUCGACGACGUCGUCGCCCUCGUCCUGGCCGCCUGGCGCGCAGCGGGCUCCCCGGGCGUCCCCGGCGCGGUCGAGGUCGGCGGCGAGUGA